CAAGAGCCUCCCCCCAGAUGUAGCGUAAGCGAACUGGGCAAACAAAUUUUUCUUGCAUUCGUUCAUAAUCGCAUAACAAACAUACAACAUAUCGAAUUGAAUCAAAGAACGCAGUGAGAUCAAAGCGCAACAUAAAGCAUCUACUCUUUAAAUAGAUGCAAAACAGCAACACGGAUAAGGACACGAAAAAUAGUAAAAGCGAUCAACGUUUUCUUAAUAUUAGUCAAAACAAAGAUGUAUAAAAAUAGAGAAAAACUGAGUGCUUAUCCGUGUAACGCCACUGUAUAUAUAUUACACAUCUUCCCUCUUGGUUAUCUACAGAUUACUUCUAAAUUUAAAUGAACUAUAGAAGAAGGCCAUUACAAAUAAUCAACACAAUGAAUCGUCUCUCGUGUUUUCUUCUCACUAUUGGAUUGUGCAUAGGUUUGAGUAACGCAAAGUGGAAUGAAAAAAACUCCGUGCACUUUAAGAACUCUCUUGGUCGAAACAAUAUCUUGAAGAUUAAUUGUAUAUCAAACGACGACGAUCUAGGCUUCCACUAUCUACGGCCUGGAGAAACCUAUGAAUUCAGUUUUCAUGACAGUGUUAUUAAAACAGAAUUCUUUUGUGACCUAUGGCAAGGGCCAAAUUUUAAGUUCCAUGCAGGGUUCACCGGAUAUGAAGGUGGUGGUCUUAUAGUUCAUUACGGUAAAAAGAACUUUUGGGAUGCCAGAGAAGAUGGAAUUUACUUCACACAUGGCCAAAAAAUGCCCAAGUUAGAGUAUACGUGGAAAUGAUAACUGAUAAGUUGCUCAUUUUGUUUUAAGUUUAACAUAAAUAAUUUAUUUAUUGUGUAUUGUGGAAGGGAAACCUUUGUAAUAAAUAAUAAAAUGUACAUUUAUAAUAUAAAUUUAACUUACUAUAGAAGUGAAAAACUGUGUAUAAAUAAUAUUGACUUUCUUAACAUUGAAUACUGCUAUUUAUAUUGUAUCUACAAGCAUGUGAGAGCGUCAUUAUCGCAUGGUUUCUCUAUUGGGUAUUUCAGAUAAUUUACUAAUAAUAUAAUUCAAUUACAUAAGUUAAAUUUUAUUUAAAAAUAAUUUAUUUUAAAAAUAAAUAAAUCUACUCAUUAAAUGACACAUAAUAUGUGAAUAUUUCAGAAUUUCUGUAAAUAUUCUUCCAGAAAAAGCUGACAUUCACUUACUAGUUUUUCUAAUAUUAUUACUAGGUUAAGAAUCCGCGCAAUAUUGCAAAAAAAUCAUUUAUAAAGAUAAUUAUACCACACUUUAUGACUUAUAUCAAUACAAGAAAACAGCGGUAUUCUGACGGACAUUCCGACGGAAAAUGAAAUACUCGGAAUUUCCCGAGGAAUUUCCGAGGAAAUUCCGAGGAAACACAAAAUUUGGUUUCCUCGGAAUUUCCUCGGAAUAUACCGACGGAAUUCCGAGGAAAUAUUAAUCCGUCGGAAUAUUCUUAUGGAAUACCGAGGAAAAAUUUAUUCUUCGGAAAAAAUCGAUGAAUUCCGAAGAUAUAUUAUAGCCGUUAGAGAGCCGUUGGGGGAUUUUAAAAAUUCCGAGGAAAUUCCGAUGAACUAGCCGUUUCCGUCGGAAUUCUGUCGGAAUUUCCUCGGUCUGUCGGUAGGAUUUCAACUAUAAAUACAAGCACCCCUCUUCCUCUUCAUUCACUCCAUAUCUUCAUCCUCCCUCUUAAUCUCUUUAC